AAUGGAGUUGACUUUUGCAUAGAAGUAUAAAUUUACUUUGGAUAAGAAAAUAGGAAUUGGAGCAUUCGGUUAAAUCUAUUUGGGUAAAAUAGAGUUCUAUAAUAGGAAACAAUAUCAAAACUGGCGAAGAAAUAGCAAUCAAACUAGUAACUGAAAUUCUAAUUUUAAUAGGAAAACGUGACCAAUAACCAUUCCUAAUUGUUACAUGAAGCUAAAAUUUAUAGAAUCUUAUUACUUGAUGGUCCAGUACCUGGAAUUCCAAAUUUACAUUGGUUUGGAUAGGAAGGAGAUUUUAAUGUGUUAGUCAUGGAUAUACUUGGACCAAGCUUGGAAGACUUGUUCAAUUACAAUGGAAGGAAAUUCUCACUUAAAUCUGUUUUAAUGCUAGCUGAUCAAGUAGAUAUUAAUCAACUUACCCGUAGUUACUAACAAGAAUUUCCUACUUGCAUAACAAAGACUUUAUUCAUAGAGAUAUCAAACCUGAGAAUUUUUUAAUUGGCCUCAACAAAAAGGCAGACAACAUUUAUAUGAUUGACUUUGGUUUGGCUAAAAGAUAUAGAUAUCAAAGAACAGGUAAGCAUUCAUUCAAUUCAUAGAAACACAUAUCUAAUAUGGUGAAAAUAAUCAAUUGGUAGGUACAUGUAGGUUUUCUAGUAUCAAUGCUCAUUUGGGAAUUGAGUAAAGUAGAAGGGAUGAUUUGGAGUCUAUAGGCUAUAUGCUCAUUUAUUUUUUAAGAGGAUCUCUUCCCUGGUCAGGAAUCAAGACAGAAACCAAAAAAGCAAAGUAUGAAAAAGUUGGUGAAUGCAAGAUUGCCACUCCAAUAGACAAAUUAUGCGAAGGAUUCCCUGGUAUUUGAAUGUAUUUAUGAAUAGAGGAGUUUGUUAAAUACUUUAAUUACAUUAAGAGUUUAAAAUUCGAAGAGAUACCUGAUUAUGUUUGGAUUAAGCGAUUAUUCAAAGAUCUAUUUAUUAAGUAGGAAUACACAUGGGAUAAUGUAUUUGAUUGGGCCUAAGAGUCAAAAUGA